AUGUCAGAACGUGGUCAAUUCAGAGGUGGCAACCGAGGAGGAAACCGCGGUGGAAACCGUGGAGGAAGAGGAGGCAACCGCGGCGGUGCUCACAACAACAACAACUCAUCGCAUAACAACGACUCGGAAACACCCCGCCCAAAGAAGGAGAAUAUCCUGGAUUUGAACAAGUACAUGGACAAGGAGAUCCAGGUCAAAUUCAGUGGAGGAAGAGAGGUCACCGGAACACUCAAGGGCUACGAUCAACUCAUGAACCUCGUCCUCGACGACGUCAAAGAAAUCACAAGAGAUGACGAAGGCAACACCUCCUCCCGACCCCUCGGUCUUCUGGUCGCCCGCGGAACUCUCCUUGUCCUCAUCUCCCCUCUUGACGGCAGCGAGGAAAUCGCAAAUCCCUUUGUGCAAGCCGAGGAAGAAGGCGCUGCUACCAUCUAA